AUGGUGAUUGAAUUUGGGAUGGGCAGAAAAAAACUGCAGGAAAAGGGAUUGUCCAUCUGCCCCUGUCACCCCCAGUGUCCCUCUGUCCCCUGUCACCCCCAGGGUCUCUCUGUCACCCCCAGUGUCGCUCUGUCCCCCCAGGGUCUCUCUGUCACCCCCAGGGGUGUCUCUGUCCCUGUCACCCCCAGGGUCCAUCUGUCCCCUGUCACCCCCAGUGUCACUCUGUCCCCGUCACCCCCAGGGUCCAUCUGCCCCCCGGCGGCUCCCAGCAGCCAGGAGGAGCACGGCGGGUGUGUCACGGAGGCGGAGCUGCGGCGCCUGCCCGAGCUGAACCCGCCGUCCUUCCUGCCCUUCGGGAACGUGGGCACGCCCCUGAGCGCGCUCCUGCAGCUGAUCCGCGCCUGCAGGCUGCCCCCGCCCGUCAUCAGGAAGCUGCAGCUGGAUUUCCCCAGGACGGGCUCAUCCCGCCGCUAUGGGAACGUGCCCUUCCAGUACCACGGCACUGAGACGGUGGCUGAGGAGGAGAGAGUUUACACAGCUGCAGGGGAUGAGAUCAUGGAGGGAGAGGAGCCCGUGACUCAGCCAGCCCGGCCCGGGCAGGAUGAGGAGGAGCAGCAGCAGGAGGAAGAGGAGUCACACUCUGAUGAUGACAAUGACACCUGUGAGGAGUGGGAGAGGCACGAGGCCCUGCACGAGGACGUGACGCAGCAGCAGCGGCAGCGCGAGCGGCUCUUCGAGGAGGAGAUCGAGCUCAAGUGGGAGAAGGGCGGCUCUGGCCUCGUGUUCUACACAGAUGCCCAGUUCUGGCAGGAGCAGGAUGGAGACUUCGAUGAGCAGACAGCCGACGACUGGGACGUGGACAUGAGCAUCUACUAUGACAAAGAUGCAGGGGAUAAGGAUGCUCGGGACUCGGUGCAGAUGAGGCUGGAGCAGCGGCUGCGGGAUGGGCUGGAGGAGGGGUCUGUGCCAGGGCAGCACAUCGGCACCUUUGAGAGGCACACCAAGGGCUUUGGCAGGAAGGUCCUGGAGCAGCAGGGCUGGACAGAAGGGCUGGGCCUGGGGAGCAGCAACUCUGGGAUGGCCGAAGCUCUGGACAACGAGGGCCAGAACCCCCGGUGCAAGAGGGGGCUGGGCUACCACGGGGAGAAGCUGCCAACUUUCAUCAGGAGGAAGAAGCCCCGUGGGGACACUUCUGUUGUCAUUUCCACCAUCUACGAUGACCCUGAGCCCCAGGACACGGGUGACCAGCUGCUCAGGCGCCAGCCCCCCACGGCCAUGAAGUACAGGCAGGACAUGGCCUUUGUCCGAGCGUCCCACCCUGCCCUGGGCAGCCUCAGGGCCCAGCCACGCUGAGCAGGGACUGUCACAGCCUCUGUCCUGCCCCCAGCCCAGGCUGGCUCCUGGUCUGAGUGUGAAGCAGGGUGUUUAUGUAUUUAUUUUUAGCAAAAAUACAGGUUUGUAAUAAAAAUUGCCACACUGGGGGU